GUAGUACUACUCCCCCUCCAGCUAGCUUAGCUCUUGCUGCUCAGUGCUCGCUGUGACGCAACGGGCUACCACCACACGAGGCGACAGCACAAUGCCACUCUUGCAGGCCAGGGGUCGCGGGCCUCUGCUAGUGAUCCUCGCCGUCACUCUCGCCGCCGCCGCCGCCACCGUGGCUGCGUCCGACACGGUCGCCUUCUACCCCUCCGCCGAGGAGGCCGCCGCCGCCCACUGCGAAGGCACGCUCUACCCGGAGCUCUGCCUGUCCACGCUCGCCGACAUCCCGGACCUCCACAAGAAGUCCCUCCCGGACGCCAUCUGCGGCACCGUGAACCGCACCAAGGACGCCGUCGCCGCCACCUCCUACAACUGCUCGCACUACAUCAACAACAAGUACCUCACCGCGCAGGACCGGCUCGCCAUCGCCGACUGCAUGGAGCUCCUCCAGACCACCAUGGACGAGCUCCAGGCCACCACCAACGACCUCGAGUCGCCGGUCGUCUCCGGCAACAAUGGCUCGGCCUCGAUGGCCGCAAAGCGCGUCACCAUGGAUCAUGUCAUGACGGUGCUCUCCGCCGCCAUGACCAACCAGUACACCUGCCUCGACGGCUUCGACUACAAGAACGGCGACAGGGUGCGCCGAUACAUGGAGGCAAACAUCCACCACGUCUCCCACAUGGUCAGCAACUCGCUCGCCAUGGCCAAGAAGCUGCCCGGCGCCGGCGGCGGUGGGGCGAACCCGUCGCCGACGGCCAACACGGCGACGCAAUCGGAGCCGGAGACCGCGCAGCGCCAGCCAUUCAUGGGGUACGGGCAGAUGGCGAACGGGUUCCCGAGGUGGGUGAGGCCGGGUGACCGGCGGCUACUCCAAGCGCCGGCGUCGGGCAUUACGCCUGACGCGGUGGUGGCGAAGGACGGGAGCGGCGGCUACACGACGGUCUCGGCCGCAGUGGCGGCGGCGCCGUCGAACUCGAAGAAGCGGUACGUGAUAUACAUCAAGGCCGGGGCGUACAUGGAGAACGUGGAUGUGGGGAAGGCCAAGACGAACCUGAUGUUCAUCGGCGACGGCAUCGGCAAGACGGUGAUCAAGGCCAGCCGCAACGUCGUCGACGGCUCCACCACCUUCCGCUCCGCCACAGUUGCGGUGGUGGGCAAUAACUUCCUGGCCCGCGACCUGACCAUCGAGAACUCGGCCGGCCCGUCGAAGCACCAGGCGGUGGCGCUGCGCGUGGGCGCCGACCUGUCGGCGUUCCACCGGUGCAGCUUCGUCGGCUACCAGGACACCCUCUACGUCCACUCCCUCCGCCAGUUCUUCCGCGAGUGCGACAUCUACGGCACCGUCGACUUCAUCUUCGGCAACUCCGCCGUCGUCUUCCAGAGCUGCAACCUCUACGCGCGCCGCCCGCUCCCCAACCAGAGCAACGCCUACACGGCGCAGGGCCGGGAGGACCCCAACCAGAACACCGGCAUCUCCAUCCAGAAGUGCAAGGUGGCCGCCGCCUCCGACCUCGCCGCCGUCCAGUCCAGCUUCAAGACCUACCUCGGCCGCCCCUGGAAGCAGUACUCCCGCACGGUGUUCAUGCAGUCGCAGCUCGACAGCGUCGUCAACCCCGCCGGGUGGCUCGAGUGGAACGGCAACUUCGCGCUCGACACGCUCUACUACGGCGAGUACCAGAACACGGGCGACGGAGCCUCCACGGCUAACCGGGUCAAGUGGAAGGGCUACCGCGUCAUCACCAGCUCGUCGGAGGCGAGCACCUUCACGGUCGGCUCCUUCAUCGACGGCGACGUCUGGCUCGCCGGCACGUCCGUCCCCUUCUCCGUCGGGCUGUGACCGAUCGUCACGGAACGCUUACGUUCAGGGCGCCAUGGCUGGAAGCGUGCUGUGCUCACAAGUGAAGGAAGGCACCGGCUGGAACUGAAACUGAAUACAUGUUGCUGUUGAUUCUUUUGUUUUUGGGCCCGAAGUGAUUCAGAAAUUACCAUUCGAUAUGAUAGGGGUUCCUAUUUACGUACUCCAUAUAGUUCAGCUACAUGGAAAGUUGAAUGUUAAAUCAGGUGUAUUUUUUUUCUCUGUUUUUGGCAGUGGGGUUUCGUGAUUGGUGAAUGUAUGGGUGUCAAUCUGAUAUAAGUGCUUGCUAUAGAGCAAAUAAAAUGGGACAUUUUCUUUUUGCC